AUGGACAAAAAAGCUCGCCUUCUGCAGUCGCUGGGAACCGACUCCACCGACAUGGUCUCCAAAGAGGAGGUUGUCCGUAUCUGCAAGCAGCAUGGCCUUUCGGCCCACGAUGCCAAAAAGGAAUUCGAGAAGAUCGAUAUCGACAAUGAUGGGGAGAUGCCGAGAAAUAGUCUGUUCGCCCAAUUCAGUCAUUUUUUUGUGUUCCGGUCUAACGAGUUGAAGUCGCCGGCAGGAUUGUAG